AAGUGACGCACACACGUGACGUCAAACCAUUCUCACAGUUGCCGCAUCAGGGAGAGGAGCACGACGAGAUUGUCAACACCAGCAGAGCAGCUUGCGAUUCUCGUCUGUUUACACACCUGAUACUUCACAACAACCUAAUCAUAGGCCUAACAUCAAGCCCACAAUGGCUGACCACAAGGCUGUGAUCAAGAACGCCGACAUGCCCGAUGACAUGCAGCAGGAUGCCUUAGAGUGUGCCAACCAGGCCCUGGAGAAGCACAACGUCGAGAAGGACAUCGCUGCCUUCAUCAAGAAAGAGUUCGAUAAGAAAUACAACCCCACAUGGCACUGCAUCGUGGGCCGCAACUUUGGCAGCUACGUCACACACGAAACCAAGCACUUCGUGUAUUUCUACCUGGGACAGGUGGCCAUCUUGCUGUUCAAGUCCGGCUAGACUUUCGGAGCAUCUUCCCUCUCUAGUUCGGAGUGGCAGUGAAACGGUCCUGGGCCCGUAGUUAGAAGCGAGGGUAAGUCGUUGCCCUGGGGCAACUCGGGGAACUCAAGGACAAAAUUUUUGUUUCCAAAGUCACAAAACGGUGUCUAGAGCCCGUAGAUGUUGAUUUACCCUCGGGAUAUUUAUAAAGCAAUAGCAAAGAUACACUAGGGUCACAAAAUAUAAUCGCUGUCGGCAGGGUCUGGAAAUGACUUUAUUAACUACAAAAACAAGACUCUUUUCCUUGAGUUCCCGAUUGUACCCUAGGUAAUGACUUACUCUCGCGUUAUAAUUAUGGCCCUUGUCAUGUGUGAUGGCGCUAGCUUGCAACAAUUCCCAGCAGACAAUAUAUUCCCUUCACGAUAAGUCCGAGGUUGUGAAGACAAAGACUCGCAUUUAGACCUCGAAAGAUUUUUGUGCUGUUUUCAUCCUAAAGCAACUAACUCGGGUCAGAAUCAGCGGUGUUAUGCUACUAUAUAUAUAUAUACAUCGCUAUAUUUACACUAAAAAUAUAAUAAUAAACUGCAAGCUGUAGAAAAUAAUAUACUGGUUUUU